GAAAAUUUUUCACCCGUCGAUAUCAAGAAAUCAUGUAAUACAGGUAACAAAGAAGUGCCAUCAUGUUUGAAGGCGCAGUCGCCGGGAUCCUCAACAGACUCCUCGGGAAGUAUGUCCAGGACUUGGACACUGAGAACCUUAACGUGGGGAUCUUCUCCGGAAAUGUUAACCUCGCUGAUCUGAAACUGAAACCUGAAGCUCUGUACGAGCUCGAUCUACCAAUCGAUGUAAAAAUCGGAACUAUUGGAAAAAUCAAUUUGCAAAUACCGUGGUCGGGUCUGUAUACGCAGCCUGUGAUCGUUCAUAUCGAAGAUGUCCUCAUACUCGUCGGGCCAGCAAUAUCCAACAGUAAUUUCGAUCCAGAAAGAGAAAAAAGACUGACCAGAGCAGCCAAGAGGAAGAUCCUUCAGGAUUUGGAAGCCGAGAGCGAAGUAUUGAAGGGACCGCAAAACUUUUUUGGGAAUUUGUUCACGGCCAUAGUAAACAAUCUGCAAAUUUAUGUAAGAAAUGUCCACGUGAGAUAUGAAGACUCGAUUAGUUCUAAAGACGGGCCACUUGCUUGCGGUUUAUGUUUGCAGAGCCUCUCUAUAGAGACUACAAAUAGCAAAUGGAAGGCUUCAGUGACACCAGCAAACGCCUCAACUGUGUACCAAAUGAUGAGAGUCGAGUCACUCUCCCUGUACUGGAACCCUACAGCCACAGCCCUGGAUGAUGUAGAGAUAGCUCAUAUCACACCUAUGCAGUAUUAUAAUUGGAAGCACUAUAUGCUGACUGGCUUGGACAAGUUUUCUAUGCACCACGAGGAUUUUGAGUUCCUGCUGAAGCCUGUAACCUGUAAAGUGAAGGUGAUAAUAAACCGGUCGGGUGAGCCACGAGUUCCUAGACUACUCUUGGAUGCUGUGCUUCAAGACAGCGCAUUGCAGCUUUCACGAAGACAGUAUCUGUCCAUUGACAACUUGCUUACAUCUUUUCAGAGGAUUACUCUAAAUAGGAAGUACCGUCACCUACAUCCAGGAGUACCACUCUCGAAAGACGUGAAGAAAUGGUGGCGAUACGUUUACAACGUCGUGGUGGAACAACGAGUUCGCCCAUACACCUGGGCAGCGAUAAAGAAGCAUCGAGAAAACUACAACAUUUAUAAGAAAACCUACAAAAGUACUCUGAGGAGUCCCAACGAUAUCGAACUGAAGUUGGAUCUUCAAAAAUGCGAGGACAGUCUACCGAUUAUAUCGGUAGUUAUUGCGAGGGAACAAGCGAAGUUUGAACUUCUCACACAAGAACCCGAGAGAAUAGAAGUAGCUGAAACGGAAUUCGACUGGUGGAAGCCGACUUCUGAUACUGAGAAUGAUUCAGACAACGAAUCGAAGUCUCGCGUCGAACUCUGCGUAAAGACUGAGAGGUGCAAGACUCUCUGGAGCCAUCUAUCUAGUCCUGAAAAGAAGAAGGUCUGCGAACUAAUCGGCUAUGCUGAAGGUGCGCCGAGACAGGACAAGUCGAAACAAUACAUUGAGCACAAACUGAAUCUGACCUUAGCAAACUGCACGCUGACUAUGAUGAAUAGAAGUAAGGAAGUGCUGGUCAUUAGCCUCACUCAGUUCCUCGCAUCCAUAGAAACGAGACCAUCUGCGAAAGCGUAUAAGGUAUCAGCGCGGACAGAGAGCAUAGUAAUCGAAGGCAUGUCCUCCGAUGGAGAGCUGGUGCCUCUACUAAUAGCCGCUCAGGGAACUACUGUAGGAACCAACACAGUAUUGGCUUUGGAUGUUGAGAAGAAUCCGGCAAACAGUCACGCUGAUUUGGGUGUCACAUGCCACGUUGAGCCCGUUGAAAUGGUAUAUGUGGAGCAUGCAUUCACAGAGCUGAUAAACUUCUUCCAAACCCAUUCAAUGACGUCAGAGGAGUUAGCAGCGGAGGUAUCAUUGGCGGCCGAUCAAGUUACCGCCAUGAGCAAGUCUGUGUUGGCGCAUGCGAUCAGCCGCCGGAAGAUAUUCCAUUUGAAUGUAGAUCUGAAGGGACCUGCCAUCAUUCUGCCGGAACACGGUUGUGUGCACAAGCCCGGUCGUGUCAUGGUACUGGACAUUAAUCGAAUAGUGGUAAAAUCAGACCUGCAACCUUCCAACCUUACGCUUGAGGAUGCCACUUGUAUGGAGCUGGAAGAAAGACUCUACGACCGCUUUCACGCCGAGUGUUCUGUGCAAGUACUCUUCUGCGAAUGGACUGACACAUGGCGAGAAGCACGGAAACAUGGGGACUCGGAGCUGCACUUAAUUCCGCGGCUUAAGGCCCAGCUGGUCUUCUCUACCAGCAUUAAGAAAGACUAUAAAUUGCUUCCCAGAUACAAGCUCAACAUUUCGUUAUCGAGUCUCAAGUUCAAUCUCUCGGACCGCAUCAUCGGCUAUCUUCUGGACUUCUUCGACAACCUUCCGGUACCAACACCCAACACUGUGCCAGUUUCCUUCAUGGAUUCUGGAGAUUAUGUCGAGGAGAUUGUAGACCCUGAGCUGUUGGAAGCCUUCGAGUUGGACAAGGUGACAGCUGACCCAGGUUACAAGGAUCUGGUGAAGUUGAGGCAAAAGAUUGUAGCGGCUUACUUCAGUAGACACAGGGCAGGUGAAACCAUGAUGGAUGGUGAGAGUACCAAGUCUCCAGCUGAAGAAUCCCUACCCACCGCGGACUUUAGCGAUGAGGAUGUAGAAGAAUAUGCAAGAUCUGUGGACCUUCCUGGUUUUGAUGACAACGUGUCGCCUAGCAACACUAUUGGGACCCUCAUGAGAUUCAUUAUAGGUGAAAUAGUUAUCAACCUAAGCCGAUCAAGUGAACAAACGGACAAGCCCUAUGUGAUGCUGAGCGUCAGUAAAGUAUGCUUAGACGUAGCGCUGAUGCAGUUCGGGCCAGCCAUACAGCUGUCCAUCGGGCAAGCGCUGCUCACUGACAAGCAGCACCACAGCAACACUGGGCAGUAUUUGGAACUGCUCACCAGUUCUGGGGAAUUGUUUAAUUUGCUAUACAGGAAGGUGCGAGCGAACUGCCCUGAGUUCCGUUCCCACUUCCACAACGUGGAGCAAGCACUCGUGGCCGAUGUCGGGCCGCUCACGCUGCUAGUGCACGCUUCAGCACUGACUACACUAUUCAAGUAUCUGCAUUAUAUCAACCGAAAAAUUCAAAAACGUCACUCCCUCAAUAUUAAUAACAUCGUUCUGCCAAAGACUCGAACCCUGUGGGAUUAUUUGAUGAGACCUGAUGCAGACCCUCCAGUUCCACCCGGUGCUACCAAGUUCAGCUAUUCUGUAAGAUUAUCCUCAAUAACGGCUCGUCUCUGCCAGGUCGAAAAUCCUUUCGUUGAAGUGCGAAUUACGUCUCUGGAGAGUGACUGUGUAUUUCGAGCCAAUGACCGGCUCAUUUUCAAGCUGUUUCUCGGCUCAUUGCAAGUGGACGAUCUAGCUGAAGCUACUCUAUAUCCUAAGUUGGUGUGGCCAGAUGAAGACAAGGUUAUAGAGAUAAAGUACGUGCGUUCUGCAACGGGCAUACGAGCUCGCUCAGACGCAGAACUGCGCAUAUGUGUGGGCAGACUACACGUCGUACUCUUCUGUUCUCUUCUUUAUCAGCUACAGCAAUUCCUGGAGCCCCUGCUGCCGACUGCGGCGGCCACUGAAGCGGCCGCUGCCGCUGAACGAGCGGCGCACGAGAAAGCUGCUUCCAUAAGAACUGCCCCUUUGAAAGUCAACCUUGCCAUUGAGGUUCAUGCUCCAGUUUUCCUAUUACCUCAAAAGCCCUCGUCGCCGAACUUAUUGGUUCUAAACAUGGGGGACUUGCUCAUUGAGAAUUUCUUCAAGACUGUGAACGCAAGCAUAGAAGCGACCAAUCCAGUACUGAGUCCAGUGAUCGACAACGUGCUGAUAAAGCAUGUAAAUAUCACGCUUUCACGAGCUGUGAUGACUUUGGCUGGCACUCUUGAAGUACAGGAGCCCAUCUUGGAGCCGAUUUCCGUGAACUGCGAUUUAAAAAGAGCUGUCAGUUACACUCAAGUGGCGAACACGAGCGCGUAUAGAGAUUUACUGCUUUGCGAGGCUGACAUCGUCAUGGACACCGUGUCCCUGAACCUUGGCCAGAAGGACUUGGCCACAGUUCUAGCUGUAUGGAGCGACAAUCUUAGCGAAGGACAUUAUAUUAGUAGCAUAACACCCAGCUCUCCAGUAGAAAUAGCGCCAUCUGAAGCGACAGUUAAGAAACUGCAAGCAUUUUUUGCUCAAGGAGAACCUGUAAGGAAGGAAUCAGUUCUGAGAUUCUCUCUUGAAGGAGUGGAACUGAAACUAUUCUCAGAUAUGGAUGAAGUGUUAAGCUCACCAGUGCGCGACCUCAACCAUGGCCUCGCCAAAGUGACGGCGGGAGAAGCUAACGUACAUUUCGACUAUUACUCGGACAGCAGUAUCGAAGUGAAGGCCAGUUUGCAGAGCCUUCUUAUUGAGGAUAUACGACCUGAUACCACUAUUGUUAUCAGAAGAAUUUUCGAAUCUCAAGGCGGUGGUAGCCGCGCUGCCGGUGGGUUUUCAGUGGUUCGACCAGCUUUACUGGAAGCUUCCUUACGUCGAUCUGCGCGCGCUGUGACUUUGGAUGUAAGAGUGGAAAGAACGCGGCUUAAUCUUUCUCUACCUUUCCUAUUGCGGCUCGUGAAAAGCUUACUAGAUGCGAUGCCAGGGGACAAGACAUUAGAAGGCGGUGUGAUUAACCAUGGAUACGUGGGCGACGCUCCAAUACGCUCAAAUAAUAACAGAGCAGCUAGAUUCCCUAGCUCUAGCGAUUCAACUAGCGGAUAUUAUUCUACAGCAACCUCAAUAUCAGAAGAUAUGCCAAGCUUAUCUAUAUCCGUACAAUGUCGUCAGCCUGAAGUCAUGUUCUUUACUGAUUUAAUGAAAACCGAAGGUCACGCAUUAUUACUACGUACAGAACUCCUUAUUGACUACUCUAGUCAUUCAAAAACUGAAAGCCUAGUUAUAUCUCUGGCUGGUCUUCAAGUAAUGUCAAAAUUGCAAUCUAAAUUGAAGAAUUUGCCGCCGCAAUUAGUUCUAAAGCCGUGUGAUUUAGAGUUCUCUAAAAGUUUCAAGAAUGUUGAAGAGGGAAUUAUGGUACGUCUCUCCGUUUCGGAGGUUGAUGUCCAUAUAGCUGCUACUACUGUGCAUACUGUUAUGGAUAUUAUAGAAGAAAUAACAACAGAACUGAUGAUUCCUGACGAGAAGGAUUUGUUCAACUUUGCCACCUACAACCCCCGGUCAGAGAAACAAGACGAAGAUCUCUGGUUACCUAAAAAGUUGACUCCCUACGUUGGUUUCCACGCCGAGGAUAGCUACAUCCAGCCAAAGUUUCCAAAUCUUAAUCCAUCUGAGACUUUCGUGAUAACUAUACCAGUUGUUCGGUUGACCUUCGAGAUUGAACACACUGUUAGAAUUCCUGUUUUGUUAGUUAAGCUCUCAGCCGAGAUAUCUUUACAUGAUUGGUCGCGACAAUUGCAUGGAGGAGGAUCGCUUAGUGCACUAGCGAGAGCCUACAAUGAACGCCUGGAUGCGUGGGAGCCGCUGCUUGAGCCAGUAAUGCAGGACAAUAUCCAGAGGCCUUGGGAAAUCACUGCUACUCUCUUUCAGGCGAAAGCAUAUCCAAUGUCCUCACAGCUUGACACUAAAAAGCAAGAGAACACAAUGUGUGACACUAUCCCUGCAGAGCCAAUACGAAAAACUAAAAAGAAAAACGAAUUUGAAUCAGAAACAUCUGCCGAUGAAGCAGAUACGGACAACGAAAUGGUUUUUAUAAAGAAUCCUCAUGGGAAAGACAGCAAAUCUUAUAAUGUCGACUUUAACGCGUGUAGUAUGUCCUUCCUUAAGGCACUAGAUAUUGAAGAAUCGGAUUCGGACAAUGAAAAUGGAAAGGAAAAAUUGUCUAAUGCUCUAGGACACUUGUUUACCGAUAGCGACUCGAGCAUCGAUGACUUAAGUAACGAUGAAGAUUCUUCAGCGCCAGAGCAGAGUGAAGUUGAGGCGAGUGAACGAGAAGAUGAAGAGGAAGAGGAUGAAAUUGAGGGAAAGCCUGUAACUUAUGUAGAUGCAGAAGAAAAAAAGAAAGCCGAUAACAAAAGUGUCACUGUUCAGGAACCAGAAAGAGAAGACAGCGUAGAGUCAUCUAUAGAAGAAUCUCGUCUUUGCACCUAUGUAGCGCUUGAAGCGCGUUCACCGUUAAACAUUACAGUAGCUCCUGCUGCUGUUCGAGCGUUACAAGCUCUGUCAAAUGCAAUAUUAGAUCGAACUGCUGCCGUCACUGCUAUAGUUGCUGCCGAGAGUGGAUUGCAGUUGAUAAAUGAUAUAGGUCCAGGAUCGACAGUACAUUUACGAACUCAUGCUGAAACUGAUCUAGCAGGUAACGAUCGUGUAUUAGCUGUGGCUGACUAUGAUCAUUCCAGCCGACCAAGUACACCUGGCUGUGACACUUCCGGAGCUGAUCUGCUGGAAGAAGACGAAAAGGAAUCUAAAAAUGAAAUGACUGAUAUUAGUGACGAAUGGGACUGUUUUGAAGGGGGAUUCCCCGCGAGCGCCGCGCCUGCAGGGACUGAGCGUGAGUCUCCGGGAGCUCCGCCCGUUGCCGCUGAACUGCUACGACGACUGACUGAUCAAACUUUGUCCAUUCGUCUGCAUGAUUUCGAUCAUCUUAAUAUUAUAUGCCCUCAACGCUCAGUGUCGAAGCUUCAUGUGUUACAUCCAAGUAAAAAUGGGACCCGGUACUACCUUGUGGUGGAGAGGAAUUCUAAAUACAACAAUAAAAAAAUUAUCGUCAGAUCGCCGUUACAGAUCCGAAAUGAAACAUCGUACACCCUAGAGUUGCUCUACCGCCAAUCAGACCUAGAAGCGGCCGGGGAAGAACCCGUAGGAUCGGUUCGGAACCCAUUCUGUGGGCUGCUGCGGUUGGCCGUGCUUGCACCUCAUGACACUUACAACGUGCCGCUCUACGUCGCUUAUCAUUGCAAGCUUUUCUUACUGCCAACUAACUUUGAAAGCUAUCAAGCAGCGACUCAAGGAAUUUGGUGGAUGGAACUAGUCAACGAACUGGGCAGUGCUCGCGAUGUAGUGUGUCCUGCGAUGGCCGAUGACGAUCCCAGAGUCUUCGCGAUGAGAGUAGUUCCUGUUGAAGGUUGCCAAUCCCAGAAAGUGUCUCGCUCUAUACCAAACCUGCUAAUCCGAAUCCUGCCUCCACUGGGAGUUCACAACCGGCUACCACACGCUCUCCAGCUAUCAGGAGGGCACGUAAAGGUCAGGGUUGAAGCUGGAGAACGGGCCCACGUGUACACGUUGCGACCGAAUCAGUCUCACAAACUGACUUUAGAGAUAUACUAUCUUGGAUUGCCGUGGACUGGGACGUUUACGUAUUCUCCAGAUAUGACAGAGAAGACAAUAAGCAUGUCGACCGAGUGCGAGACGGAGGGCGGCAACAAAAGGCUCAUCGUGCGCGCGCGCCUGCAGAGGGGGCCCAACUUGCGGCUGCUGCUGUACGCGCCGUGCUGGCUCAUCAAUAAGACGGGCCUGCCGUUGCAGAUUAAGGGCCGAUCAGACACCUGUUAUGAGUUAACAGACGAGCCGCUGCUGUGGUGCGAGCGGGGCUCGGGUGCGGGGGCUUGCGGCGGCGAGCGCGUAAGGGUGCGCGCACACCAGUCCGGCUGGUCGCGGGCUGCUAGACUCCAUGCGCAUGCGCCCGGAUUGCUUGUAUGCGCGCACACUGAAAGACGGCUGAACUACCGGAUGUUGUUGCAUGUAACUCUCUCCGAACUGUGCCCUCAACUGACCAAAAUAGUCACCUUACUCCCCUACUUCAUCAUCUACAACGACACCAAGAAGCAUCUUCGCUUCAUGGAGGAGAACGAAGCUGCGGACCUGUGGAUGGACCUUGCUCCCCAGCAAUGCACACCUUUCUGGCCGCAAACGGACUCCAUGGCCAUGCACUGCAAGUACCGGGACUCUACCGUCGUGUCGCAGCAUUUCUCCAUCACUAAGAACCACUUUACUGUGCUGAGGAUGGAUAAAGGAUCUGCCAUCUGUGUGGAUGUCACAGGAGGGACUGACAGGCCUUUCACCAUCACCUUCAAGCCGUACGUGGCUGGAGACGCGCCCAUACGGAUCGACAACCUGUGUGAUGACCUCUUCCUCAAAUUACACCAGUCGGAUUCCGGUCAAGUAGCCCUACUGAGCCCUUACCAAUCCAUGCUGUACACUUGGGACGAUCCGGUGAAGGAAAGGAAGAUACUAUGGAACCUUUAUAAUAAUAAAGGCAAAGGGUUCCUUGCAGAUUUCUCACAGGACGGGUUUGGUGAAGAGAAAGUAAGCUUCCAUUCAGUAAAGCAUUCAACUCUGAUAGCGACCAACAGUGUCACCUCGAAACUCUCCUCCACUCUCAAACGACUCACUCCCAAAUCCCCUGAACCAAGCACAUCGAGCAGUGACGAUUCCGAUAGUUGCGAUUUACCAGAAGCCCACACAAAGAGUAAAAAGAUGAGGAAAGACAAGGUUAUAGUCUAUUGGAUAUCAUUCAUGGAUGGAUAUCAAAGAGUGUUCGCGUUGGCGCAAGACGAACGCAUAGCUUACCAGUAUAAAAUGAGAAUCAACUCUGAAAGAAGCAAUUACGAAGUCUACAUGUCUCUUGCUAGUGUUGGUUUGUCUAUAUGUGUGCAAACUGGAAACGGAGUCAAAGAAUUGUCUUAUAUAAGUAUGACGGACUCACUUCCGAAAUGGGAGGUAAAUGUCGGUAAUAAAUGGAAACAAUUAGCUACAGAUGUUACUUCGUGGAUAGAAGAGAAGUACCAAACAGAGCAGAAGAAGUGUCAGUUAAAAGAAUACCUACACAUAGACUUAGAGAAGAUGCAAAUGACGAAACCGUUCUUCUCGGAAUUGCGGAGGUCGUACAAUCCGGCUGUAUGGUUACAAUUCCGGAAAUCCGAUACCUUUACGUACUGUCAUUUGAAACUACAAAGACUGCAAAUAGAUAAUCAGCUUCACGAAGCUGCGUUCCCUAGUGUACUUUAUCCAGCUCCAUUACCGCCCCAUUUGAAAUCUAGAGACGUUAGACCUUGCAUAGAGAUCGUCACAUUGAAGCAAUUCAGGCCAAAUUUAAACCAAGACGUGUAUAAAUACUUUAAGAUUUUGAUACAAGAAUACUGUGUGAAUUUAGAUAGAGGUUUUGUCAAUCACGUUUUUGAUAUAUUAAAUCAUUGGAAGAUCGAAGAAAAGCCAGCUGUCAGGUUGCGAGCAGAUUUAGCUUUGGUCCAUAUGCCGCUACCGGUUGUUGCAAUGCGAAGUCAAACCUGCGCGCAGAGGGAUGUCGUAUUCGAAUUUGUUCACUUAUCUCCAAUCAAGUUAGUGUUAAGUUUAUCAUCGCGAGGAUAUUCUAAUGAAAAUGUUGAUAGUCCAACAAAGAUACGUUAUGGUAAUCUCAAGGAAAACCGGCCGAAACUUUUCAAUAGUGACUUGUUGGAGUAUUUGUUUAAUUCUUGGGGAUCGUCGCUCUGUGAUAUGAAGGAUGUUGUUAUCAGAAUGAGUUAUCUAGAGCUCAGAAAUGCUCCCAUAACGAUGUCCAGUCUAUUAGACGUGGCGAGUCGUCAUUAUCGGCUGCAACUCGUGCAGCAGUUCUACGUGUUGGUGCUCGGGCUAAACAUUCUCGGGAACCCUUACAGCUACAUCGGGGACUUCUCCAAAGAGCUGAAGGAUUAUUAUGAGCCGUGCCUGGCUACAGCAUGUUCCCGUCGAGUCUCGGAUGCAGCUUUAGCGUUAUUCAACGGGGCAGCCAAGCUGUUGGGUUGUACGAGUGACUACACCGUACCCAACGUAUUCGAAGACGCCCCUAAGUUACGUCCGCCGAAGCGACGUUCUGGUGACGAAGGCAAAAUCGUAGACGACUUACCCGAAGCAGUAAUAGAAGCGAAUAGAAACAAUCCGACUAGCGUUGCUCUUGCAGUCACCGGUCUUAUUGCUAGACCUACCUUUGACAUAUGCCGCGAAGCAGCUCGGGCGGCUCUGUCUCGCCAAGUGGGGGUGGACGGCGCGGAGGCAGCGUUGCGUGCGUGCGUGCAACGGUCGGGCGGCCGACUGGUGGCCAGGCGGCGGCUGCCAAGACACUGCUCUGCUGUGGAGGGUCUCCGGCCCUACAGUGCUGCCGCAGCUCGCGGCGCGGCGCUGCUCAGCCAGCUGGCUCGCGGCCACUACGCCGACACCGACAGCUACGUUGCGCACGCGCACCUCGGACGCUCGUCUCUUUCCACGCUUCUUGUGUCCACGCAACACAUUUUCCUGGUGCGCGCGGGUGGUGCCAAGGGCUGGCGCAUCGAGUGGGUAGUCAAGCUCGACGACCUUCUAGGAGCGCCUGUGGCCAAGGAUGGGAAACUCGUGCUGAGUGUAAAGCAGGACGAAAUGGUGAACUACUUCUCAACGGACGAGAAGGUCAUCGAGAUAGCGGAGCCCGAGGUGCUCAAAUGGCUCCAAGCCAAGAUGGAGUGCGCGCUCAUCCACGCUAUGGAAGACAAGAGGUGUGCUGGUGACCAGUAGGAGAUAUGAGGGUAUUGAGCUAGUUUAGCGGUGGAAAUACGGGCUACUAAGGGUUACCAUAUCGAAGCUUUUCUGAUUAACAACUGGUUAUAGACAAUAAUUUACUGCCAGUUCACAAACCGGUCGCAAGAUGUCGCGAACGGCAUCAUUCUUAUGUGGUUGACAUUUAAUCAAAACUUCAGGAGAAUGUGUGGAGCGCUCUUCUGGCAUCAAUGUUUCCUGAAAAGUACCUAGCUAGGUACAGUUUGAGUAUUUUCAAAACAGGAGAAAUGAGGGAAAGUGGAUAAGUGAAUAGAAGUUUUCUAGAUCAGCGAGCCCGAACCUGUCCAACAUGCAUGAGAGUCGUCAAGCGAAAGUUUACGAAGUAUAUAAAAAGACGUGCCAUCUCCUUCCAAGUUCCAACAUUUGCGAAGAAUAGCUAUUUGUUAUUAUACAACUGUUGCUGUCAAAGUACAAUGAAGGCGAUCGUAGUUGGUAUACUGUAUAUAACUUUCCGAGAUAAUUCUGGAUGUAUGCCUCAAUAUUUAAGUAUAU